ACAGUGGAUUACAUUCCUCUCCACGUUUUAUUUUUAGUCUAGUUUAACGCUAAAGGUGAGGAGCAAGUUAUUCACAUUGGACGGAAUCAUUAAGGGCUGGAAUACAAACGUAAAUGCCUCUGAAAUGAUGGGGCGUUUAUGGAUCGCGUCUUUGUGUUGGAUUUGGCUUUGUUAUCGGCCCGUCAUGUCAGGCCACGCUGUGUACUCUGUGUCCGAGGAGGUGAGCCCAGGCACAGUGGUUGGAAAUUUAGCCAAGGACUUAAACCUCAAUGUGGCUGAUCUGGAGCCUCGCAGGCUUCGCAUCGUGUCAGGGUCUUCGAGGAAACAUUUUGAGGUGGAUUUAAAGACCGGCGCCCUGUUUGUGUUGGAUUCAAUCGACAGAGAAGAGCUCUGUCCGAACAGCCCGACUUGCACGGAGACUUUGGAGGCGAUUGUUAACGAUCCCUUACAGAUGCACAGCGUGGAGGUAAAAAUACUGGACAUUAACGACCACUCUCCUGUUUUUCCAUGGAAAUCACAAACUAUUCGUGUUGCAGAGUCAGCUUUAGUUGGAUCCAAGUUUCCUUUACUGGGAGCUGAGGAUCCAGAUAUGGGAAGCAACACAAUCAGCUCGUAUAAACUGUCCCAAAAUGCCUUUUUCAACUUGGAGGUCCAUACAGAUGCUGACCAGGGUCCAUCUGCUGAGCUGGCGCUAAUUAAGAGUCUUGACCGAGAGAAGCAGGCUGCAGUCCGGCUCGUGCUGACUGCUGUAGACGGAGGUAGACCACCGCGAUCAGGGACGACCGAAAUUAACGUUGUAGUUUUAGAUGCUAAUGAUAACGCGCCUGUUUUCUCCAAAUCCGUAUAUAAAGCUUUAGUUCCAGAAAAUAUUGCUGUUGGCUCGACGAUUUUAACUGUAAACGCAACCGAUCUUGAUGAAGACGUUCAUGGCGAGGUUACAUAUUCAUUUAAACAAGGCCAAAAGGGAAUAUCAGAGAAAUUUUCCAUCGACUCCAUCACUGGAGACAUUUCAGUGGUUGGUGAAUUAGAUUAUGAGAGCACGAGCGCGUACGAGAUUCGCGUUGAGGCUCGAGAUGGGGGCUCUACUCCACUCGCAUCUCACUGUAAAGUCUUAAUAGAGGUGGUGGAUGUGAAUGACAAUGCACCAGAUAUUAAACUCUCCUCCCUGCUGGACAGCGUGCGCGAGGACGCUAGAAAGGGCACUGCCAUUGCAUUGAUCACCGUGCAAGACAAGGAUGGCGGUAAAAAUGGAAAAGUGCAUUGUUUCAUAUCUAAAAACUCUCCAUUCCUGUUGGAAUCCACGCAAGGGAAGUAUUACUCACUUGUUUUAAACGGUGCUCUCGAUAGAGAAGAAAACGAGCUGUAUAAUGUAUUAAUAACAGCCACAGAUGAAGGGUCGCCGCCUCUUUCCAGCACCACUCUGGUCACUGUCCGUGUUUCUGACGUGAAUGAUAACCCACCUCGCUUCCCAGAACCGUUUAUUAACGUGUAUGUAAAGGAGAACAGCGCAGCAGGUGCUCUAAUAGCGCUAGUCUCCGCACGAGACAUAGACGUUGGUGAAAAUGCUCACGUGACCUAUUCAUUACUCGACAGCUCCAACAUGCCUUUAGCUUCAGCUGCGAACAUCAACUCUGUGACUGGAGAAAUUCACAGCAUGCAGUCCUUCAACUUUGAGGAGAUGAAGCACUUCCAGUUCCAAGUUCAGGCCACUGACUCUGGAGCCCCUCCACUCAGCAGCAAUGUGACUGUGAACGUCUUCAUCCUGGAUGAGAAUGACAACAGUCCAGUUAUCUUACCUCCUUACUCUGAAGCUGGGUCAGUAAACACUGAGAACAUCCCCUACUCUGCUGAAGCGGGAUACUUUGUGGCUAAAGUCCGAGCUGUAGAUGCUGAUUCUGGUUAUAAUGCGCUGCUGUCUUAUCACAUCACUGAACCUAAGGGGACUAAUCUGUUCCGCAUUGGAAGCAGCACUGGAGAAAUCAGGACUAAGAGACGAAUGAGUGACCACGACCUGAAAACUCACCCACUUGUUGUGACAGUAUGUGACCAUGGAGAACCUUCACUGUCAGCUACAGUGACUGUUGAGGUUGUGGUGGUUGAAAGUCUGGACAGCGUGCAGCCUUCCCUAAGACAAGUGCCGAUGAAGGAGGAGGGCUUUUCUGAUCUGAAUCUGUAUCUGCUCAUCGCUAUUGUCUCAGUGUCGGUGAUCUUUCUGCUGAGCCUCAUCGGUUUAAUAGCAGCUAAAUGCUACGGGUCAGAGGGCGGUUUGAGCGGGUGCGGCGCUCCAGUGGUCACUACACACCCUGACGGGAGCUGGUCUUAUUCUAAAGCCACUCAGCAGUACGACGUGUGCUUUAGCUCAGACACGAUGAAGAGUGACGUAGUGGUUUUCCCCUCGCCGUUUCCGCCUGCAGACGCAGAGCUGAUCAGCAUUAAUGGAGGGGACACUUUCACUCGGACACAGACUCUCCCCAGCACUGGGAAGGCUUCUUAA